AUGGGAAAUUUUCUUUUCAAACCGGGAUUACGUGCUAUAUUAAAGGUACUAGUCAGGAAUGUGCCACAUGUUUCAGGGCGCUCAAUAUCAGAUAGUGUCGAGCAAUUCUUUCAAACAAACCACCCAGAUCACUACCUUUGUAACCAGGCGGUCUACAAUGCAAACAAGUUUGCCCAACUUGUUAGGAAAAGAGAGAAGCUCCAAAAUUGGCUGGACUACAACCAGCUCAAGUUUGAAAGACAUCCAGACCAAAGGCCAACUAAAAAGUUGACAACGGAGCGCCAGCGAAUUCUCAAGGAUCCAAAAUCUAUUAUGUCAGCUGCCUUUGUAUCAUUUAAUUCACGAUGGGGGGCUGCCGUUUGUGCACAAACACAGCAAAGCAAGAAUCCAACAAUGUGGCUAACAAAUUGGGCACCUGAGCCCCGGGAUGUAUAUUGGAAGAAUCUGGCUAUACCAUUUGUUUCUCUUAGCAUUCGGAAGCUUGUGAUUUCAGUAUUGGUGUUUGCAUUGGUAUUCUUUUACAUGAUACCCAUUGCUUUCGUGCAAUCACUUGCAAAUCUGGAUGGUCUUGAAAAAGUUGCUCCUUUCCUCAGGCCAUUGAUUGAAGUGUAA